GGACGUCAGUUACUUUGGGUCCUUGUAGUUAGUUAUUUAAGAACAAACGAAGGUUGUGAGAGUCGUGGGUUUUUGUUUUAGUUUAGUCUGACUCUAUUUCUGAUCUCUAACAGUGGAAACAAUGCGUUUAUACAUCGCAGCUGUUCUUUUGUGGGCUGUAAUAGCUUCAGAGGGAAAAGCAGUCCCCUCUCUUCCAAAUUUUGGGAGCAGCUAUCAUGUCAAAGGGGUGAUCUCUCUGCCCUAUGCUGAGAUCAAGGAGCCUUUUGAGGCCUGGUUUGAUCUAGUGGCAAAGUCCAGUCGAAUAGACUACUACCAUGGCCAGGUGUCAACCUACCAGCUGGGUGCAGAGCUGCAGUGGGGCGUUGCUUAUAAAAUCUCUCCAGAGACCACAGAGACGGAGCAGAACGUGAUGAAGUGUUUCCAGACCAACGGAACGGCCGAUGAAGCCGUCACCACGCAGGCGUCUCUGCCCGAUGUGCAGGGCUUCCAGUUCCUGAGGAUGGAUUACUUUGGAGGGUCCCUGUGUGAAGUGUGGCAGAAUGUGACCACUGUGGGUCAUAAGAAGAACACCUACACACUGUGGGUGACACACUCAGAGGGGGGGGCAAACAGCAAGGAGGGCCCAGCCACCCCGCUGCAUUACGAGAUGAUGGGAUACAACACGCUGCUGGGCUCACAUUACGACAAAUACCUGGUGGACUACAAAGAGUUCAGCCUUCAUGUGGACCCCAAAGCCUUCUCCCUGCCUGAAGGGAUGAGCUGUGGGGGAUUUCCUGGUCCAGGCGUGGAGCACCACAUGUUGGCCAAUCCAAUGAAAGAUCUCAUCCACACCUCAGCUUCCGGCCAAUCAGAGCACAUGUUCAACCAUUUCAAGGACAAGUUUCAGCGUCAGUACAGCGAUGAGAGAGAGCAUGAGAAAAGAGAGCACGCUUUUGUUCAUAACCUCAGGUAUGUCCACUCAACAAACCGUGCAGGGCUUCCCUUCUCUCUGGCUCUGAACUCUCUGUCGGAUCGCACCAUGUCGGAGCUGGCCACCAUGAGGGGGAGGAAACGAGCAAAGACCCCGAACAGAGGGCUCCCCUUCCCCUCAAAUCUUUACCAAGAGGUGAACUUACCCGGGUCACUUGACUGGAGGCUUUACGGUGCUGUGACCCCGGUGAAGGACCAGGCCAUCUGCGGAUCCUGCUGGAGCUUUGCCACCACUGGAACAGUAGAGGGCGCUCUCUUCCUGAAGACGGGCUCUCUGCAGGUUCUGUCCCAGCAGAUGCUGUUGGACUGUUCCUGGGGUUUCGGCAAUAACGGCUGCGAUGGAGGGGAGGAGUGGAGAGGAUACGAGUGGAUCAUGAAACAUGGAGGCAUCACAACAACAGAAACCUACGGGGCCUACAUGGGGAUGAAUGGAUUUUGCCAUGUGAACGCGUCCCAGCUGACUGCACAAAUCAAGAGCUACACCAACGUCACAUCAGGAGAUGCAGAGGCCCUGAAGCUGGCGCUCUUUAAAAACGGGCCGGUGGCUGUCAGCAUCGAUGCCGGGCACCGAUCGUUUGUGUUCUACAGCCACGGUGUCUACUAUGAACCGGCGUGUGGUAAUACCACUGCAGAUUUGGAUCAUGCUGUGCUAGCAGUGGGUUACGGCACCCUGAACGAGGAGCCCUACUGGUUGGUAAAGAACUCAUGGUCCACUUACUGGGGCAAUGACGGCUACAUCCUCAUGUCUAUGAAGGAUAACAACUGCGGGGUCACCACUGAUGCCACAUAUGUCACACUGGCAUAGAUUUGCACAUUUCCACUAUGUUUAAUUAUGUGUUGAAUCCACUAUGUGAGUGCCUGAGGAUGAAAGCUGCCUGAUAUCAGACGUGUUGAGGCGCUGUGAUCACUUCACAAGGAGCUGCUUAGUGAUCAUUAUGUGUUGCUGUUGAAUAACAGGGUGAAAUAAGAGGCUGCACAGAAUAAGCUCACGUUUCCAAACACAGUUUUUAACAAGUUUAUUGCUGGUGCCACAAAUCUGCAGUGCCUUCAAUUCAGUUGUACAAAGUACAUUUUUUUACAUUUAAAUGUUUUACUUUGUUGCAUUCAAAUGCAAUGGUCAGGAAUCAAUGCAAUAAAAAAGAAAUAAGGUUUAA